CGUGACGUUCUCGCGCUGGAAGAGUGAAAUUCUUAAGAGUUGUUACAUGUCACUCGUCUAUAAAGGGUGGUGUACUUAUCGUCUCGAUCCAAUUUUACGAAGCGAGGCGGCUCAACGCUACCUCAUCUCUCUCAGGUAUUUCAACGAACAGAAAAUGAGAUUAUUCAGAUUCAUAACGAUUUUGAAAAGGGAUAUGAUCAUCGAAUCCUUCGUUCAAUUCUGGAGAUAUACGUUGAAGUUGAUGUCAAGAUUUAGUUUUUUUUUUCCUCUUCAAGUGGGCUGGUAAAAGAAGAAACUUUCAACACGGUUCAUCCACUUACAUCACACCUUCAUACUAUGCUUGAAGUAGCUACGCUUUGUGGCAGCUUACUCAGUGGACAACGACUUUUAAUAUUGGCUCCCACCAGCGUGGACUUGGACUUCUGUGUGUUACGACUUGACCUUAACCACUAAUUUACAUUGAAUUUGAUAAGGACGAUCAUGCUGUGCAACCGACACGCUGCUGCAGGGACAGUACUUGAAAGAUGGGCAAGAGCUCGUUUCAGCUUUCAACAUCUUCAAGCUCAAGUUUUUCAGCUUCGAGAACUCAAGCAACCUUUAUCUUGGAAUCUGGUACAACGAUUUGUAUCUUAAUGGUAAUAAGCAGUAUGCUCAUAUCCAGGACAGAGCUGUCUGGAUUGCUAACCGUAACAGUCCAAUUUCGGGGCGUUCUGGAAGCCUCACGGUUGACUCACUCGGCAGAUUGAAGAUCUCAGGAGGAGCUUCAAAAAGCCUGCUUGAGAUAACUUCCACGGAAACCACUGGAAACACGACGCUUAAGCUGUUGGAUACAGGAAAUCUUCAGCUUCAGGAGAUGGAUUCUGAUGGAUCGGUGAGGAGGAUUGUGUGGGAAAGUUUUGAUUAUCCGACGGAUACCUUUCUCCCUGGAAUGAAACUUGGUUUCAAUGUCAAGACUGGAAAGAGAUGGGAGCUGACGUCAUGGCUAGGUGAUACUUUACCUGCUUCUGGAUCUUUUGUCUUUGGAAUGGAUGCUAACAUUACGAACCGGUUGAUCAUCUUGUGGCGUGGAAACAUGUAUUGGGCAAGUGGGCUUUGGUUUAAGGAUCGGUUCUCCUUGGAGGAGUUUAACAGCUAUGAGUUCGUCUUCUCUUAUGUUUCAACCGAGAGUGAACACUAUUUUAUGUUAUCGGUGGAUCGCCACUAUAGUGAUACAGUAUUCCCCACGAUAACGAUAGACCAAAAGGGCAUUUUGCAUAUAAACAGGCUUGAUAGAGAGGUCACUCAUGUCCGCUGUUCUCCUUUCACUAUCGGUGAAGAGGUUGAUAAUGAAUGUUAUAGGAAGGAUCCGAGGAUGUGUUUGAACGCAGGUUGCAUAGUCCCUGAUAUGCUAUCGGGGCACAGGAACUGUUCGCCCUCUGGUUAUACCUAUUUUAGAGAGACAGUAUCAGCCUUCUCAAGCAAUGGGUUUGUACUUAAUGAGACUGGUGGAAGGCUCAGUUCAGCUGAUUGCCGUGCUAUGUGUAUACAAAACUGUUCUUGUCUUGCUUAUGCUUCAACCAAUGGGGAUGGUACGGGCUGCGAGAUCUGGAAUACUGAUCCUACCAACAAAAGGUCGUCUUCUCAUAGUCCCAGAACUAUACAUGUUCUUGUAAAAGGAUAUGUGGUAGACCGAGAGAACGAAAGGGCGCCGACUUGGCUAGUUGUUGUGGCAUCACUGUUCCUAAUGAUACCUGUAACUUGGUUCAUCAUCUAUCUUUUUCUUAGGAAAUUUAAAGUAAAAGUAACAAUCAUAUUUCGUGGAAUGUUCUACUUCUUAUGGGGGGAAAUUAUUCCACAAAUGACUGGUUGCAUACGAAGGAGGCUUCAAACACUGAGGGUUGGUUCAACAAUAGACCAAGAAAUGCUACUACGUGAACUCGGAAUUGAUAGGAGAGGCCGCCGGCACAGGAGAAGUGCAAGGAAGAAUAGUAAUAAUGAGCUUCAGAUCUUUAGUUUUGAAACUGUAGCGUUGGCAACAGAUUACUUCUCCGAUGCAAACAAGCUUGGUGAAGGUGGUUUUGGUCCUGUAUAUAAGGGGAGAUUAAUAGAUGGGGAAGAAGUGGCUAUUAAGCGACUAUCAAUAGCAUCAGGGCAAGGAUUAGUGGAGUUCAAGAACGAAGCUAUGCUUAUCGCCAAACUUCAACACACAAAUCUUGUUCAGCUGCUAGGAUGUUGCAUCGAGAAGGAUGAGAAAAUGUUGGUUUACGAAUACAUGCCCAACAAGAGCCUUGACUACUUCCUCUUUGACCCAUUGAGGAAAAACGUUUUGGAUUGGACGCUGCGGUUCAUGAUCAUGGAAGGGAUCAUUCAAGGUCUUUUGUACCUUCACAAGUACUCAAGAUUGAAAGUGAUACACAGAGACAUCAAAGCCAGUAACAUUUUGCUAGACGAGGAUAUGAAUCCCAAAAUAUCUGAUUUUGGGAUGGCUCGGAUAUUUGGAGCCCAAGAAUCCAGAGCCAACACCAAAAGAGUUGCUGGCACAUUUGGCUAUAUGUCUCCAGAGUACUUCAGAGAAGGACUAUUCUCAGCUAAAUCAGAUGUGUUCAGCUUCGGUGUUCUGAUGCUCGAAAUCAUCUGUGGAAGGAAGAACAAUAGUUUCCACCAUGACUCAGAAGGGCCUCUGAAUCUCAUAGUUCAUGCGUGGAACCUGUUUAAAGAGAACCGAAUUAGAGAGGUGAUAGAUCAGUCUUUGGGAGAUUCUGCACUUGACAGCCCUCAAGUGUUGAGAUGCGUUCAAGUUGCUCUCUUGUGUGUACAGCAAAAUGCAGAGGAUAGACCAAGUAUGUUAGAUGUUGUGUCCAUGAUUUACGGCGAAGGCAAUAAUGCUCUUACUUCGCCUAAAGAGCCAGCUUUCUAUGAUGGUCCCCGGAGAAGCUCGCCGGAAAUUGAUAUUGAGACACCGGAGCCAGAAAAUGUAUCGGCAAAUAGGGUCACUAUCACAGUGAUGGAUCCAAGACCGCUCAGUGUGUUGCGUGGACAUGGCCCGGUGACAAACAUCCAACACGCAUCAUCUUGGAAUGCGACGCAAUAGCAUAGUUCCUACUACUUUUAAAUCGUUUUCUUGUGUGAUAGUCGUUGGGUUUUGUAACUUGCUGAUAUUCGUUGGCUCUCGCUAUAUAUAACUUGGCUAUUUUUAUCGAGAAGUAAAAGAAGAAGCCAUUUUUCAUAUAUAUAUGAUCGCAUAACAAGAACCAAAUCAUCUAAACUCGAAGGAACAGAGAUAUUUAUUGUGCUUUGGAUAUUAGGCAACCUUAUAUAUCUUUUCUCCUUGAGUUUCAGGUCUUAAUCUAACCUUAAAGCUCAGCCAUGUCUUCCAAGCAAGGAGGGAAAUUGAAACCCUUGAAGCAGCCCAAGUCUGGUAAGAAGGAAUAUGAUGAGCACGAUAAGGAGUUAAUGCAGAAAAAGAAGGAUGAAGAGAAGGCACUUAAAGAACUCAGGAGCAAGGCAUCACAAAAGGGAUCAUUCGGUGGUGCUGGGCUUAAGAAAAGUGGCAAGAAAUGAUAAGAGACUCUUCUAAUCUCCCCCCCCCCUCUCAAUAUGUAAAAACUCAAAUCUCCCUUUUUGUUGGGAAACUCAUAUUUGAAAAAAAAAAAAAUCUAUAUAUACAUGUGUGCUUUGGUCUAUAACAAUUAACAUCGUGUUGCAAAGUUAACAAACAAACCUGUGACAAAAAAAAAACAAAACAAAACAAA